AUGGUCCGCUACAAAGCCCGCUACAUCCUCUUCGACGUUCUGUACCCGAAUGCGCCAAAGACUCUAGGUGCUGCCAGUACACAUAUCGAAUUUUCCUCACCCAGCGACCCCUCUAUAACAUCGUCAUACCUAUCGGGACUGCUGCGCGAUGGUCUCGCUCACCAAUUUGGCGACUAUGGGGCGGGUGUGGCGGGGAACCUUAGCGUGAAGUACUUUUCGCCAGCGACGUCGACAGGAAUAGUCAGGGUGUCCAGAGAUCACUAUAGACUCGUGUGGACGGCGCUGUCGUUUAUGAACGAGCUCAAGGGCGUCCCGGUGGUGAUAAGGGUAGUGAGGGUGAGUGGCACCAUCAAGAAGGCGGAGCAAGAGGCAAUACGAAGAGCGAGGAAGGAGGUGAAGAGAGUGGGUGGGUCACUAGUUGACGUGGAGGAUAUUGUGGUUGAGGAUGACGAGAUGGAGGAGGAUUGA